AUAACUGACUGCCAUUUCUUUUCAGAGUAUGAGAAUAAGAAGGUUCUUUCGUUUUAGAUCAAGUCACCUGUGGAACUCUAAAAUUUUAAAAAUGAUGAAAAUAAUUGCUAUGUACGUGGUGCCGUUGGUGAUAUCAUAUUGGUACAUAACCACAAGCUUGAUAUUGAAUGCUGGUGUUAUAUUGGGUGUUUAUCUUCUCACUGGAGGAUGGAAGUUUGCUGAAAUUUGUGUUAAAACACUUAGGCGUGAUUUGUUUGCUCUUUUUUGCCUUGUGAGGUUCAAAUUAUACAUGGCAAGGAACAUACGUCGCAAUCGUACUGUUCCUGUAAUCUUUCAAGAUCUUGCUCGUCAGCAUCCUAUGAAGGUUGCACUACAAUGGGAAAAUGUGAAAUGGACAUUCUCAGAUUUAGAAGAAUAUUCCAAUGCAAUCGCACAUCACUUUAGUGGGUUGGGGCUGAAAAGAGGAGAUAAUGUUGCAAUUUUUGUAUCCAGUCGACCAGAAUUUGUAGCUCUCUGGCUUGGCCUUUCAAAAAUUGGAGUCGUGUCUGCAUUGAUCAACUUCAAUCUAAGAGGGGAUGCUCUUGCACAUUGCAUUAAUAUUGCCGAAGCGAAAGCUGUUAUUAUAGAUGAAGGUUUGGCCACUCAUAUCAAAGAUGUUCGGGAAAACUUAAAGGGAGAAAUGAGUUAUUACACUGUUUGCGAGUCAAGUGAAAAACAAAAUGCUGGUGAUCAAAGUACAUUGAUGGAAAAUGCUAAAUGUCUUGAUCAUGUUUUUAAAGAUGGCAAUCGUAAUCCGCUUCCGCAGCCAAAAGAUGCCGACUAUUUUGAUAGACUAACAUACAUUUACACAUCUGGGACGACUGGUUUACCAAAAGCAGCUGUGAUUACACAUAAUCGGUUUAUAUUUAUGUGCACUAUGCCCCACUAUAUCCUGUCAUAUAAGAAAGAUGAUAUCUUGUACUGUGCACUUCCUCUUUACCAUUCUAACGGUGGAAUCGUUGGCUUGGGCCAGUGUUUAAUUCAUGGCUUGACUUUUGCAUUUCGCAGUAAAUUUUCAGCAUCUAAUUUCUGGACUGACUGCAUCAAGUACAAUGCAACUGUUAUUCUGUAUAUUGGCGAGAUAUGCAGAUAUCUACUUGCCCAACCACACAAGGUUACAGAUAAACAACAUAGAGUCAGGUUGAUUUCUGGCAAUGGAUUAAGACCUGAAAUUUGGGAGGAAUUCGUAAGCAGAUUCAACAUUGCCAAAGUUGGAGAGUUCUAUGGUGCUACAGAAGGAAAUGCCAAUCUGAUAAAUAUUGAUAGCAAGGCUGGUUCUUGCGGCUUUGUCUCUCGCAUUGCACCAUUUGCUUAUCCUGUAAAACUGAUGCGGGUCGAUGAUGAUAGUGAGUUUAUACGUGGACUAGAUGGAUUGUGCACUCCAUGUCAGCCCCGUGAGCAAGGAAUGAUUGUUGGGAAAAUUAUCAAAGGGAGUCCAACACAAGGAUAUGUUGGAUAUGCUAAUGAAUCUGCCUCUCAGAAGAAGAUUGUUAGGGAUGUAUUAGAAAAAGGCGAUCAAUACUUCAUAUCUGGUGAUAUUCUGGAAAUGGAUGAACUCGGUUACAUGUACUUCCGUGACAGAACUGGAGACACGUUUCGAUGGAAAGGUGAAAAUGUAUCCACAGCUGAAUGUGAAUCUAGAAUAGCCAAAGUGUUUUACAAGAAAUUAACCGUUGCAGUAUAUGGAGUAACAAUCCCUCUGGCUGACGGAAAAGCUGGAAUGGCUUGUAUAGAAGAUCCUGAGAAAACUGUCGACAUUGAAAAACUAUAUGGGCAAUUGGAAAUGAUUCUACCUAGUUAUGCCAGACCACUGUUUAUAAGACAAACAGAUGCAAUCGAGGUGACCAGUACCCAUAAGCUCAAAAAAGUUAACCUGACGAAAGAAGGCUUUGACAUACAUCGUAUAACAGAUCCUCUCUAUUUCUUCGAUUCAAAACAAAAGAAGUAUGUUCCGCUGGAUCCUGAUCUAUACAACAAAGUAAUGGAUGGCACUGUGAGAGUCUAAUUAGAUUGACUUAGUAAUUAUGGUUAGAUUUUUAUAUGAUUAGUAUUUAAUGAAAUGAACUUUUUGAGAUUGUUAAUGAACCUUAUAUUUAUCACAGCUUUUGUCUCCUGCAUCAAAACGCUUUGUUAAAAUUUGUUCAUCAUAACGCAGUUUUUUAUAUUUUCGCUAUAGUUUUUAGAAAUCACAUACGAGAAAUUUCAUUCUCCGCACUAUACUUUGGUCAUAUUUUGUAUGUAAACUAAUUUGCCAAAUCUAUGCAUAUUUGUUUGUAAUCAUCUGUACAUCACAAAUCGAAUUAAACCUCACUUCAAUUUUAGUCCGUUCACCCAUUUUAUAUCGCUAUUUAUGUAAUUCAAUGCAAAUACACCAUUAUGAUUCCUGGAGUCAAAUUUCUAAUUUUCUGUUCAAAUGAUGUGUUAUUAUAUUGGAAAUAUUUGAAUCAGGCGAUUGAAUAACUGCAUUGUUUCUUGAAUGGGAAAUAGGAAAGUUCAUCAGUGCUAUACUAAACAUUACAAAUAUGAAGGGUUGGAUAUUGUUGCACAAAACAUCGUCAGUUUUACAAUCGAAUAUUUUCUUAAAGUGAGGUCACGCACACACAUGCACUGUUCUCUGUGCAAGUUUAGGGGGGACAACUGGAGUGCCGGGACCUGUUGGGAAUGGUAACGACGAAUUAUCCGUUAGUGAAUUUCGGAGAACUCAAGUUCACUGAAAAAACUUUUCAUCUGGUAGGCACACUGAUAGUAAAAGUACGAGAGCUCACAGUCACAAGAGUAUGACAGCUGAAGAUUUUCACCUAUAAUCAGUUUUAUUUAUUUUGUUUUUAUUAAUUAUUUUAUCAUC